AUGGGAAGUUCCUCAUUUUGGUUCAAAGAACCCAUACACCAGCACUUGGAACCGUUCCAAAUCUCCUUUUUUAUUGGUCAAUUCUAUGAUGAAAACCCAGAUCUUAUGGAAGGGAACUCCUACCCACUUCCUCCACAUCCCCCAAAGUUCAACAAUCGCAAUGGUCGAAUCAUGAUGGAAAACAUUGAAAGUUGGGCUCGUACUGCCUAUGGUUACUGUGGAAUUCGCCUUGAUUAUAUUUUCCGUGAAAAUUCUGCACUUCCACUCGUCGGUGACCCUGGUUUUCUCAAAGCCGAUGAUGGCACUCGCUCUAUCGAGGAAGAACUUGUCCGACGUGCUGCUCAUACUGGCGCUGUGUUCCGUCGCAACAGCCAGAAAUUUUGGGUUAUGCUCCAUGCCGUCACUCAUGAAACUGAUGCUUCAUCUGAAACAGUAGACUCUGAUGUGUUCCAAGCUAAUCACCAUUCCAAUCCCCUUCGAGCUGGGGACUCUGUAAGCCAUAUCACUAGCCCUACUGAUAUUAUGCCAGGCUUCGAACCUGACAGUGGAUCAGAAGAAGACACUGCUGCCAUGGAAGAAGAAAAGAACAAGACAGAAAAGAAGAAGGGGUCAUUUGGAAUGCUUCGGGAAGCCACUCUGUUGGCUGAUUUUCAGGAGUUUGUGUCAAAGACUCUUUUUGCCCAUUAUUCUGCUCCAGAAAGCAAGCUUAGCAACCAACAAAUCAACAGCCAGACAUGCCCAUCUAAACUUCCACCUCAAGUAUCUCAGGAAGGGCUGAGGAAUUACAUCCACUCCCAUCUCAACGACAAUUUGGAUCCUAGUUUUCAAACAGAAGACAAUGGAGAAUCUGUCAACUUUGAGUAUGAUGAUGACCACGAGGAGGAGGAAUCGGCAGAACUUUCCAUAGAGUCAGAAGCGAGGAACAAUCCGAAUGGGCCCUUUGUAAUGGAUCUUGAUGUAGGAUCCCAGUAUGGGGCUAACUAUCUUCCUAAUGAUAUUACAUUGCCAACUAUUAAUUUUGAAGUGGAUGAUCCACAUGCCCCCCAACCACCUCUUCACAACAUCCCCAAUCCUGAUUCUUCCAACUACCUAUUGGACCAACUGAAACAAGAAGAGUACAACCGAAAAUUCAUGCCACCAUCUAUCAGCACCAAAAUGGAAGCUGACCUUCACCUCCUUCGUCUCAAGGAUGGUCAGCCUCCUCUGUUUCUGACAUUCAAGCAUGGGCCCACAAAGCGACCAAGAAAGAGCUUAAUCUUUUUCUGUCCAACCCGACCACUCGGUCUGAAUUGUUUACUCAGUUUUGACUGCACUUGGGGGUAG